GGGAAGACAGCGGUCGCUCCCGAUCGCUCCUGUCUAUAUUUCGCCAACUACAUCCGAGUUAACUCGUGAAGCGUGCCGUUGUCAGCGUUCGCGCGCCAAAUUUGAAACGCUUUCGAAAUAUUCUAAUCGAGGAAGUGUGUUUGAAGUUUCUGAAAUAUUUAGACUAUAACGAUUUAUAAAGAGUGAUAUAACAAACGCGCAAAAUAAUUAUUGUUCUUGCGAACGCAUCAUGUCAUGAAAUGAUGUCAAGUCAAUAUGGGCAUGUUUACUCUCAUAUCCAUUGUAAAUUGUGGAUUGUACGCAUUCUUUAUCAUCACAAAUAUCCCGAUACUGCAAGGAGAAGAGCAGCCGCAGUGCCCGAGUGUCACAGAAAAUCCUAUAUGUCCAUGUUACAAUUUUAAAGAAGGAUUAUUUCUCGAAUGUCCCAGCGCAACGCCAAAUGUUGUUAAAAAUGUUUUAACUAAAAUAAAAGGAACUAUCCAGUCAUUGUCCAUCUAUGAUCUCGAUAGUUCAAUUACUGAUUUAAGACCAGAUUUUCUACCACCACAUGUGAAGAUAAUUAACUUACAAAUUUCUCAAUCUAAGAUAAGUGAAAUAAACUCCAAUGCUUUUACAUCUAUUCGAGACUCUUUGAAGUCUUUGAGUAUACUUUCGAGUAGAUUACAACGAAUUCCACAGGAAUCUUUUUUUCAACUGCAAAAUAUUGAAAUACUUGAUUUACAACUCAACGACAUUAAAGAAAUAGAGACAAACACUUUUCAAGGCCUUAGAUUAAGCAAAAUCAGUCUGAAAGGCAAUAAAAUUGAAAAUAUUUCAGAAAAUGCAUUUCAUUACCUAGAAGAAACUUUAACGGAGUUGGAUAUUACGGAAAAUUUUCUUAACGUUUUUCCUCUGAAGUCUUUGGCGAACCUGACCAAACUUAAUAGUUUACGACUAGCGUGGAAUAAAAUUCAAUCGAUCCCGGAUAGCUCAAAUAUUGCAAUUCAGGAAUUAUUAUAUGUAGAUCUUAGUUUCAAUGAAUUCACAACAAUCGAGAGGAAUUGGCUUAGCUGUAUGCCGCAUGUGAAAACAUUAACAAUAUUUAGUAAUCAAAUUGAACACAUAGAUGAAGAAGCAUUCUACUCUCUUAAAAACCUCGAAGUAAUAGACUUAAGCCGAAAUAAAUUAAUAAGUAUUUCAAAAAAUAUUUUUCAAAAAAAUGUGAAUCUUCGAACAAUAGAUUUAAGUCACAACCACCUCCACUAUAUCACGGGAGUCUUUUCUAAUCUAACACAUCUCACAGAAAUAUUUAUUUCAGAAAAUAAUAUAUUAGAAAUUUCUGACGAUGUAUUUUUUAACGCUACAUCGUUGACAGUUUUAAACUUAGAACAUAAUGCAAUUCAACAUUUAAAACCGAAUUGUUUUAGUUACUUAUAUAACUUAACCCAACUACAUAUGGGAACAAAUUUUUUAAAGAAGCUUCCUAAUAAAAUUUUUCAAUCAAAUUCCAAAUUAGUUACUUUAAGCCUCGAUCAUAAUGAAAUCGAUGAAAUAAGUGAUUCAAUAUUUGAUAAAUUGGAAGAAUUAAAAGAAAUAAGGCUUCAACAUAAUAAAGUGACUCAUAUAAAAAGAAAUGUAUUUAGCCCAUUGCCCGGACUCUUAGAAUUACACUUACAGAAUAACGCCAUUCAGAGUAUAGAUUCACAUGCAUUUAUAACUCUAAGGAAACUCCAACAUAUAAAUCUGCAAGAUAAUUACUUAACUACAAUUGGUGAUGUAUUUCCCAACAGAAAUUCCACAUUAGUUUCAAUACAACUCAGUUCUAAUCACCUUUCACUUUUAAAAAACAGUUCACUUCGGGGUCAAGUCAAUGUACAAAUAAUGUGGCUGACACAGAAUAACCUAAAAAUACUUACUUUUAAUCUAUUUAACGAAUUAUUUAAUAUUCGUAGGUUGUAUAUAAAGAACAAUUCUAUUGUACAUAUUGAAAACAGGGCAUUUAUGAAUCUGCAAAAAAUUAAAUAUUUAGAUUUAAGUAGUAAUAAACUUACAAAUUUAAGUAAUGAGACAUUUUAUAAGGUUGUAACGUUGGAAGAAUUGUAUUUGCAUAAAAAUCAUAUUAGUCACAUAGAAAAAGAUACAUUUAAGCAUUUAAUAAAAUUGAAGAUAUUAGACUUGUCGGAAAAUGAAAUCAUAAUUUUAGAUUUCGAUAUGUCAACGUUGCCAGUGAAGCAACUUCGCUUGAACCUUAAUUCAAUAUCGAUCAUUGAAUCAAAUUCAAUAAAAGCUCUACCAAAUUUAAAUGAUCUCCAAAUGAACAACAACGUCCUUACCUGGGAUGACAUCACACACAUACAAAUACAUGGAUUGAAAUCUCUUGUAUUAUCAUACAAUAAUUUUACUUUUCUCGAAAACAAAACUUUUUCCCACUUACCAUCUUUGCAAUCCUUAUCACUGGAAAUGUCAAAUAUAUCUCAAUUGUCUCCGACAAUUUUUACUAAGAAUCAAAAUCUCAUACGAAUUAAUUUAGCGUAUAAUAAUUUAAAAGAUCUGCACAAAGAUGUGUUUGCAUACACCACUAUUUUACAAGAACUUAAUUUAAAGGGAAAUUCCUUCUCUGAUUUUCCACAUGUUGCAUUAUUUAACGUGACAUCAUUGGAAAUUUUAAACCUUUGUGAUAAUCAACUACAUGGUAUUGAUUUUUUUAGAUUCACUGGAUUACAAAACUUACGAACCCUCAAUCUAUGUAAUAAUCGUAUUUCAAUUCUUAAUGGAUUUAAUUCUCCAUCUUUAAAAAAUUUAGUUACCUUAAAUUUGAGCAACAAUUUGCUUACAGUUCUCCCACCGAAUUUUUUUCAGCAUUCAUUGGGUUUAAAAGAAAUAGACUUGUCACACAAUUUUUUCAAACAUGUACCUAGUAAUGGUCUAUCUGAAACAGUUUUGCCCGCUUUAACCACACUAAAUAUGUCAUUCAACUCUUUAGAACAGUUAAUGCUUUCACAUCCGGUAAAACAGUUUCCAUUAUUGGAAGAACUUAUUAUCACAAAAACCAAUCUGACAAUAAUAACGAGCAAGGAUUUUGAAAAUUUUCCAUCGUUAAAAAAAUUAAUAUUGAAAACCAAUUGUCUCAUUCGAUUAUCACCGGGUGCAUUUUCAAAACUUCAUAACUUGGAGAUAUUAGAUAUGAGCGAGAAUAAACUUGAAAAUGUUCCUAGAGAGAGACUGCAAGGCCUUUACUCAACAAGAGUUCUGAAUAUAUCACAAAACAUUAUACGGGAGCUGGAGGAGUUCACUGGUGACUUGCAAAGUUUACAAAAACUGGAUCUAUCUUUUAAUCAUAUAACAAGAAUAAGCAAAAGCAUAUUUCGAUACCUAUACAGCCUCGUGGAAUUAAAUUUAAGCGGAAAUUGGCUCUCAUUUAUAGCAACGGAUACUUUCAGAAUGCUUCAUAAAAUUGUGCACAUAGAUUUGAGCAAGAAUUACUUUGAAGUCAUAAAUACUAAAUUGUUAGUAUCAAUUGAAGCACAGGUCAAAUCAAUUGCAUAUGACGAAAACCCUUUAACGUGUAAUUGUGAAUCUCAAGAGUUAUGGAGAUGGAUGCAAAUUCAUUACAAAAUUGUCCUAAAAGGAAGCAGCAACUUACGAUGUGAGCACCCUGAAGAACUACAUGGUUACAGUUUUAUGGAGCUGACAUCGCAAAAGCUAUGCGACGUGCCGGUCGUAAUUCGUAUCGCAAUACAAGACAUACAAACCUAUUCUGUAAUAGUGUCUUGGCAGAGCCGCAAUCAGAGCGGCUUAAGUGGAUAUCAAGUAGCUUACUACAAGGAACAGAUGCCAGGAGUAAUACGCGGUAAAAUAUUGAAUACUACCGCAAGAAUGACAAGACUGAAUCAUUUAACUCCAGGAGCUAAGUAUACAAUUUGCGUUAUAGCUAUGGGCAACUUUGGGGCGUCAGGCGGAUCCUCGUUGCCAGACGCACGAAUUGCUACGUCAUCGGAAAACAACAGUGCUCAAUUGUACGGCGACGAACACCUCUUUAAUCACUUGCGAGGCUACAUGAAUGACUCUCAAACUAGCAAAUGUACGAGCGUGAAUACAAUAGAAAUCUUUGGAACGUCGUUAGAUAGCCCCUUUUCUAACACAUAUAUGGGAAUUGCUGACAUAUUAACAAGGAGACUCAGCCUUGUCGUAGGUUGCUGUAUAGGUUUUAUUGUGUUCAUUGUUUUAGUAUCAGCUCUAGGCUAUAUGAAGACUAAAAAGCGACCCGUUGCUACAAAAACUGAGAUACAGCAAGCGCCACAAUAUAUUUCUUAUGAUAAUUUCCCAGUUCCUAAUAUUGAAGCCCAAACAACAGAUAUGGACAUAAAUACAAUAUCUGAUAUAAAACCAUAAA